AUCAGAGAACACCACCGAAAAGUCAGGAAGGAGGCCAAAAAACGUGGACACAAAAAGCCCAAGAAAGAUCCCGGUGUUCCCAGUGCUGCACCUUUUAAGGAAGAGCUUCUACGGGAAGCAGAGCAAAGAAAGCAGAGGCUUGAAGAACUAAAACAAAAGCAGAAGCUCAACAGACAAAAAGAACAUGAAAAGAAGAGGAAGCUUGAAGCUAAAAAGAAUGCAGCCAAAAUCAAGGAAAAAGCAGAGGGAAAGGAAUCUUCCGGCAAAUCUAAAGCAAAGACUAACAAACUGCUGGAUAAAAAUUCAAAGAAAUCAUUCUGCCGGGAGUUCAAGAAGGUGAUUGAGGCCUCAGAUGUGAUUCUAGAGGUUUUAGAUGCAAGAGAUCCAAUGGGCUGCCGGUGUCCUCAACUGGAGCAAGCUGUAACGUGCUCUGGAGGAGGCAAAAAGCUACUGUUGGUUCUGAACAAAAUUGAUUUAGUGCCAAAGGAGAACUUAGAGAAAUGGUUGAAUCAUUUGAAGAAAGAGUUUCCAACGGUUGCUUUUAAAUCCGCAACGCUGAUGAAGGACAGGACUAUGGAACAGUUCACAAAAAGACGUGCACGUGUUGAUUUAUCAAGAACCACUGAAUGUUUUGGAAGCAAAUGCCUUUUGAAACUUCUUCAAGAGCACGGCAAGACUCAAAACAAAGCCAUUCAGGUUGGGGUAGUAGGUUUCCCUAAUGUGGGAAAGAGCAGCAUAAUCAACAGUCUUAAAGGAGUUCGUGCUUGCAAUGUUGGCGUAGCAAGAGGUGUUACCAAGUCCAUGCAAAUUGUGCACGUUGAUAAACAGACAAAGAUGUUAGACAGUCCAAGUAUAGUUGCAGAUCCUUCCAACAGUGCUCUGGCUCUGGCCUUGAGAAGUAUCAUAGACACUGAAGAAUCAGGCUCAGCAGGUGUGCUUGAAGGAGUAGAUGCCAUUCUGAAUCACUGCAGUAAACAGCAGGUAAUGAUGCACUAUAGUAUCCCAGAUUUCAGGAACACUGAAGAGUUUUUAACUUUACUUGCUCAGAAAAGGGGUAUGCUGAAAAAGGGAGGUGUUCCUGACAUAGAGAAUAUAGCUAAAGUACUACUUUGUGACUGGACAGGAGCUAAAAUAAGCUACCAUUCACAACCUCCAGGAUCUCAGAGACUGCCACCAUAUCUUACAGAAGACAAAAUAGCUGAAAUGCAGGAGUGCUUUAAUUUAAAGAACCUAGAAGAAGAGAACACCACCACUGUUCAAGCUUUGAAAUACCCCAGUCCAGCAAGCAGCAUAAUUUUCCAGUCAGCUGGUAUGACAAAUGGGACAAUAGAGGAAAAUAAAGUGAUAGAGGAAGCAUCAGAGUGGGAAAACUUGGAAACAAGCCAGGAGGGGGAGGAAGAAAAGGAGUAUUUCACAGAAAGUGAUGAUGAUCAAGACUAUGUGGAAGAAGAGGAAAAAGAUGCCGAAGAGGAAAGCAGAGUUCAGGUCACCAGGAAAGCAAAGCUUGGAGAACAAAAAAGUCCUACAAAUUCAGAGAAGCAGAUGGCAGAAAGCAAACAUUCCAAUUCAUUAUCAUUCAGCUUGGAUAAGACAGCAGAUGAAGACGAUGCCUAUGAUUUUAAUACGGACUAUGUGUAA